AUGAAAAAGGGAACUCUGGAUGAAUUUGUUAAUCAAUCCAAAAUUGAUAACCAAUUAUCGAAUAGGAAGAAAAGCUCUGGCUAGCAUAUUGAGGAAUAGUAAUCUCAAUAUGACUGGUCCGAUACUGAUCAUGGAAGAGAGAGCGCUGAUGGAAAGUGGAGUUUCACAGACGAUGAAAAAGAAGCAUUAAUCAAGCGCAAAUAACAAAUAGAAGCUAAUUAUAGAGUUACAGCUGGACUAAUGGCAGACCCGAAGGUUCUACAGUAAAAGUUAAGCAAUAUUUUAUCAAACAAUAGAGACGAAAGAGGAUUUAAGCACUCUCCAGAUCAAAGCCGUCGAGGUUCAUUGAAAAGAAGUCCCUCUAAAAAGGACAGUAUUAGUAGUGGAGAGCAAUUCCCUGGAUUUUUAUACAAGGAUAAUAGAAGCUGGGCUGAGAAGCUCUGCUCUUGUUUUUUCAAGAAUUAUGAUGUCUCAAAGGAAGAGCAAAGUUUGACAGACCUUUUCCUUCUCGUAUUUGGGGAGGAGAACUAGAGAGUACCUCAUAGAUUAGAGUCUAAGAAAUGGAAAGAAAUAGGUUUUUAAACGAAAAACCCUAGACUUGAAUUUAGGAAUGGAGGUAUUUUAUCUUUGGAAUGCAUAAGAUACUUUAUCAAGAAAAAUCCUGAAGUAUUCCAAUAGAUGCUUCAAGAGGGAGCUCAGUAUUUUUACAUAGCCCUAUCCUCUAUAAACGUGACUAAUUUAUUGGUGGCAUUUUUAUAUUUAAAUGUGGAACCUGUUGCGGGCAAUCUAAUGAGGAGAAGAGCCAAUCGAUAAGAGUUUAAAAACUUUUGCAAGCUCAACUAUAAGUAUAAGAAAACAUUCUUUGAGUUACACAGCUACGCCUUAAGAUUCCUAUAUAUGCUUUGGUGCAGAGAGUCUUAAAAGGGCCCAGAUUAAUAUCCGGCUUUUAAUUUAAUUAUGGAUGAGACAAGAAUGCUUAUAGCGAAACUAUUACAGAUUGAUCACUGUUAGGACUUAAUUGAACUUAAGCUACAAGCCUACAACCUAAUUGAGGAGUAUAUAAGAGGCAGAGGGUUCAAAUGA